AUGGCUAGUGAGGAUAGUUUUCUAGUGCUAGUACACCACAGAGGAUCGAUUAAGAGAAAAACUCGAUCUGGGGUGAAGUUCACGGAUAAGGAUCCUUUAUGUAUUAUCAUGAGCCCCGUGACCAGUUACGAUGGUCUCGUGAGCUCUGUGCUUGGCAAACUUGGUCUGGAAGGAGUGAAGAGAGUUAAGAAGUUUUUCUAUCGCAUUCCAAUCACGGUGCUCCACGAUACGGUGAAGUAUGAUUGUUUCACGAUCGGGAGUGAUGAGGACUUGCAGGUCAUGUUUCUUUCUCGUAGGCAGUUUCCGGAGGUGAGGACACCGGAGCUGUUGGCUAAGUUCGUCGACGUGGUAUCUAGCUCUGGUUGGUCGAACCGGAAUGCCAACACUAUAGCCACGGCGGCCGGUUCGAGCUCGAGACCUGCGGUUGCUUCUUCCUCCGUUCCAGUGUAUGAGGCAGCGGUCCAGUCUGCCGCCUCCCCAUCGUUUGCUGUUGAUCUCGCCGGCAAUGUUAGAGACGAGGUUGGAUAUGAUGAACAUCAUCCGACUGAAGUACAGUGUCCUCCUCCGGCUGGUGUUGGCGAGGGAUUGUGUGAUGAUCCAGAUGAUGAUGAAGUCAAGCCGGAUAUUAUCGCUGAUGAAAGCGGCGAUGAUGUUGGAGCGAGUGAUCCGAUAAGGCCUACUGGUGGUUCUAGUUCUGGCACAAAUCAAGAUACCGACGGGUCUGCUGGUAUAACAGAGUUCCAGGUUGGUCAACAAUUCCAGGAUAAAGAUGAGGCGCUGUUAAGUGUCAAGACGUAUAGCAUCCGCCGAGGGGUACAGUAUAAGGUGGUUGAGUCUGACUAUCACCGGUACGUGGGAAAGUGUUCUGAGUUUGGGAAUGGGUGCACAUGGUUGAUUAGUCUGAGCCUCCGACAGUGCAAGGGCAUCUGGGAAGUCAAGCGGUACAACGGGCCGCAUACCUGUCUCGCCACCUCCAUCUCCAGCGACCAUAGGAGCUUGGACUACCACGUGAUAGCGACAUUCAUCAUGCCAAUGGUUAGGGCUGACGCAUCCGUCAACAUCAAGGUGCUUCUAAAUGCAACGACAGCACACUUUGGCUUCAGGCCUACAUACCGGAGGGUGUGGAUGGCCAAGCAGAAGGCGGUAGCAAUCAUCUACGGGGACUGGGAUGAGUCGUACAAUGAGCUCCCUCGGUGGGUCUUAGGAGUUCAGUUGACUAUGCCUGGCACUGUAGCAGUCCUCAGGACCUGCCCUGUUCGAGUUGGUGGACAGCCGUUGGUGAGUAUUGACGGCACCCAUCUAUAUGGCAAGUAUGGAGGAACGUUGCUUGUGGCGAUUGCACAGGACAGGAAUUCCAACAUACUCCCUGUGGCAUUCGCACUAGUUGAGGGUGAGAAUGCUGAGUCAUGGUCCUUCUUUCUCUCCCACCUCCGUCAGCACGUGACACCUCAGCCAGGUCUGUUAGUUAUUUCAGAUAGGCAUAACGGCAUCAAGGCAGCACUUGAAGCACCUGAUGGGGGAUGGCUACCUCCGUCUGCAUACCGGGCAUUCUGUAUUCGACACGUUGCAGCGAAUUUCGCCCUCACCUUCAAGGGCAAAGAUGCCCGGAGGCUUCUUGUGAACGCCGCAUAUGCGAAGACCGAGGUGGAGUUUGACUACUGGUUUGACAUCCUGCGCUCUGAGAAUCCGGUAAUGUGUGACUGGGCGAACCGAAUUGAGUACUCGUUGUGGACAACGUACUAUGAUGAGGGUCGGAGAUUCGGGCACAUGACGACCAAUAUAUCAGAGUGUGUCAAUUCAAUCCUGAAGGGGGUAAGGAACCUCCCUGUUUGCUCGCUGGUGAAGGCCACAUACGGAAGGCUGGCUGAGCUAUUUGUCCGUAAGGGUAGGGAGGCCGAGGCUCAGAUGGGUACUGGACAACAAUUCAGUCAAUACCUAGUAAAGUGUAUCGAGGCCAACCUGAAGACAGCCAGGUGCUUCACGGUGACUGUUUAUGACAGGGAUAACUCGGAGUACACCGUGGCUGAGACGACUCCGACAGGUUCAUUCUCACUUGGUACGUACAGGGUCUCAUUAGGGUCCAAGACUUGUGAUUGUGGAUACUUCCAAGCACUUCAUUUCCCGUGUCCUCACGCCCUGGCCUGCUAUGCUUAUUCACGUCUUACAUGGCAGCCUUACGUCCACCAGGUCUAUCACCUUAGUUCCGUUUUUGGUGUCUAUCAGAUGGGAUUUACACCUCCCAUUCCAGAGGGUUUCUGGCCACCAUAUGCCGGGCCUACCGUUAUACCGGAUCCGAACAUGAGGUGUGCAAGGGAGGGUCGUCCGAGGUCCACACGCAUUUGCACCAACAUGGAUGAUGCAGAUCCGAACCGGCCAAAGAGAUGUGGCCUCUGCAGGCAGCCAGGACACACCCGUCGUAGUUGUCCACAAGCCACAGGACCCAGCGGGAAUGCUGGAAUUAAUAGGAGAUAUGUGACUAUAACAAACUACACUAGCUGGUGGGAUGACUGA